CUCGCGGGCAGCCAAGGUGGUACUGCCCGCUCCUCCGCGCGCGCGCAAGAGGCGGCGAGGCGGCUGCGGCCGGCUGCAGGCAGGGCGUGCAGGCACGCGCGCGUUGCUCUGUGCUCCUCGCUCCGACUGUCCUUCACGCACCGCUCGAGGAGCUGCGCUCGAGCGCCGCGCUCCUCGCUCCGAGACGAAAAGCGAUGCCGAGCAGCAGCCUCGUUCGAUCGCUGUCGUUCACAAGCAGCCAUCGGAGGCGGAACCGUCAGGCGAGGCAGCGGGAGAUUGAGUCGAGUCACUCAGCGAAGGAGCUCGCGACGGUGGCUGCCACUACGAUGGAUGAAGCGGCAGAACUGCAGGCCGCACAGCGCCUGAUAAGUGAACAGCAGCAAAUCGCCUCAGCUUUGCGCGACCUCAUCGCAGCCGUGGCGAGUGGUGCGGACGCGGCAGCAAUCCUGACGGGCGCAGGUUUCCGAGCCAUCCUCGAGCGGCUCUCUCGACAGCAGCACGAGCAGGCGGAGCUGCUCUGCCGCGACUCUUCUGCUGCGGUGGUGAGGCGCCAAUUCCCUACCCUCGUAUCGCAAGGGAACUUGCUGAUGGUCCUCCUCUCGGAUCUCUCGGGCGCAGCCGGUGGCGCGGCAGCAGCGCCACGGCCGCCGCCGCCGCCGCCGCCGCCGCCGCCGCCGCCGCCGCCGCCGCCGCACAGUGCGGCCAGUCAGCUGACCUCGGACACUCGAGCGAACCCUUUUAUGCUACCACACUCCUCGACGACGCCCUGGUAACAGCCGCUGUCUCCUUGUGCAGUCUUGUAAGCACAUCUCAUGAGCAUCCGGGAGAGCAGGUCUAAGAUUUGGGCAACCCUCUACCCCUACUACCCAACCAUUUGUGUAUCAACGUGUCACUGCGGACACGGCCGGAGCGGACACGGUGACCGCCGCGUCCAUGCGGCGAGAAAAUGUCCCGUCCUGCAUGCGGCAAGCUGCACAGCACUCAGCAGCAGCUACGCUGCGGUAUAAAGAAAAGGAGAUGUACCCU